AUGUCUAACGCUGAGCUCGCCUGCUCCUACGCCGCUCUCAUCCUGGCCGAUGAGGGCAUUGAGGUCACCGCCGACAAGCUCCAGACCCUCAUUGGUGCCGCCAAGGUUCCUGAGAUCGAGCCCAUCUGGUCCUCCAUCUUCGCCAAGGCUCUUGAGGGCAAGGACAUCAAGGAGCUCCUGACCAACGUCGGCUCCGGUGGCCCCGCUGCUGGCCCCGCCGCCGCUGCUGGUGGUGCCGCUGCCCCCGCCGAGGCUGCUGCCGAGGAGAAGGUUGAGGAGAAGGAGGAGUCCGAUGAUGACAUGGGAUUCGGUCUGUUCGACUAA